GGGGUUAAGAUGGCGCCGCUCUGGCUCUCUCUGCGCUGUAGGCUUCACUUACAGAGGCGCCGGCUCGCCUUGCUCCUGCAGUCCGCCAGCUCGGUCCACGUCCUGACGUACCCCGGGCGUCCCGCCGACAAGCACCAUCAGGCUUUGCCGACAUAUUUAAGAUAUGGAACUUUACAAAAUUUGGGAGGAGAAACUGGAAGGCACAUAUUGGAGGCUGCAAAGGGACCCCAGUGGUGGCAGUUGAUGGGUAAAAGGACAGGCUGGCAUGGACAUGCUGGUGGAGGCCUUCAUACCGACCCCAAAAAUUUCAAAGAUGUUGAUACAGGAAAAAUCCUCAAGGCCAUGUUUACAUAUGUUUGGCCAAAGGAUAGGCCUGAUCUUCGUGCCAGGGUGGCUAUAUCUCUUGGCCUUUUAGGUGGUGCAAAGCUCAUGAAUAUAAUGGUUCCCUUCAUGUUUAAAUAUGCAGUAGAUGAACUCAACCAAAUGUCAGGUAGUGUUUUGAACCUGAAUGAUGCAACUAGUACAGUCAUCACCAUGGCAACAGCUGUCCUUAUUGGCUAUGGUGUUUCGAGGGUUUGUGCAGCCGCCUUCAAUGAACUCAGGAAUGCUGUCUUUGGCAAAGUAGCUCAAAGUUCUAUCAGGCGAAUAGCCAAAAACGUCUUUCUGCACCUGCACAAUUUAGAUUUGAGUUUCCAUCUCAGCAGGCAAACAGGUGCACUGUCAAAAGCCAUAGACAGAGGGACUAGAGGUAUCAGUUUUGUGCUGAGUGCCUUGGUGUUUAAUCUAGGCCCUACCAUCUUUGAAGUACUGCUUGUCAGUAACAUUUUGUAUUAUAAAUGUGGAGGACAAUAUGCAUUAAUAACUCUGGGGACUUUAACUGCAUAUUCAGCUUUUACUAUUGGCAUCACACAGUGGAGGACUCGAUUCCGUAUCAAAAUGAAUAAGGCUGAUAAUGAUGCAGGCAAUGCUGCAAUAGACUCCCUCCUGAAUUAUGAGACUGUAAAGUAUUUCAACAAUGAGAAGUAUGAAGCAGAGAGAUAUGAUGGGUACUUGAAGACUUAUGAGGACGCAUCUCUGAAGACUACCUCAAGCCUUGCAGUACUGAACUUUGGCCAGAAUAUUAUCUUUAGCUUUGGUCUGACUGGAAUCAUGUUACUUGCAAGUCGAGGAAUCCUGGCAGGUACACUAACAGUUGGAGACCUGGUGAUGGUAAAUGGCCUACUUUUCCAAUUGUCUCUUCCCUUAAAUUUUCUGGGCACAGUAUAUAGAGAGACACGGCAGGCGCUAAUAGACAUGAACACUUUGUUUACCUUGCUAAGUGUUGACUCAAAAAUCAAGGAUACAGAAAAGGCUCCAGAACUUAAGGUUUCUCCUGAGAAAUCUACAAUCACUUUUGAAGAUGUUUGCUUCGAAUAUAUCAAUGGUCACAGAGUCCUUGAUGGAGUCUCAUUUGAAGUUCCUGCUGGGAAGAAGGUGGCAAUUGUAGGUGGUAGUGGUUCUGGGAAAAGCACAAUAGUGAGAUUGCUGUUCCGUUUCUACGAGCCUCAGAAAGGGAACAUUUAUGUGGCUGGUCAGAAUAUUAAAGACAUCAGUUUGGAAAGCUUGAGGAAAACCAUUGGUGUUGUACCACAGGAUGCAGUCCUGUUCCACAACACUAUUUUUUACAACCUUCAAUAUGGGAAUAUUAAUGCAGUGCCAGAAGAAGUGUAUAAUGUCGCUAGGCUUGCUGGCCUUCACGACUCCAUUCUCAGAAUGCCAAAUGGUUAUGACACUCAGGUUGGUGAGCGUGGACUAAAGCUUUCAGGAGGAGAAAAGCAGAGAGUUGCAAUUGCUAGGACAAUUCUGAAAAACCCUCACAUUAUCUUGUAUGAUGAAGCUACAUCAUCUUUGGAUUCCAUCACUGAAGAGAAUAUUCUCAGUGCAAUGAGAGACUUGGUGCACCACCGUACAUCUGUGUUUAUCGCCCAUAGGCUUACUACAAUUGUUGAUGCAGAUGAAAUUCUAGUUCUGGAUAAGGGCAAGAUAGCAGAGCGUGGAACCCAUCAAACUCUCCUGAACAAUUCCAACAGUCUUUAUUCUGAACUGUGGCAAGCACAAAAUAAUAGAGUGUUCAACAAAAAUUCCUACAGUCAAGAAAAGAAAGUUGUGUCAUCCAAGGAAGAGGAAAGGAGAAAACUAUCAGAAGAGAUUCUGAACAGUGUUAAAGGUUGUGGAAACUGCUCUUGUUAAAACUUUUCUAAAAUUUUAUACUGGGCAUUAAACUAUGCUGGCAAUUUGCACUGGUGAUGUCAUUAGGUACCAAUGCACAAGUAGACCAUUUUGAACAGGAAACCUGAUGAAACUGCUCUUUUUUUUAGGGAAGGAUUUUAUUUUUUUAUGGUAAAAUGGUCAAAUAUUUUUGAUUGGUAACCUUAUAUGUUGAAAGACCUUUCAUGGAACAGCAAAUCAAAAACUCGUUUAAAAUUAGAUCAAGUAAAUGAUUCCAUUGUAGGUAGCAUCCAUGCAAUUUUCUAAAUAUUAGCUUGAGGCAUAGUGCAUUGCUGGUGAAUUACGGCAAUGUAGUGGUUAACCAAUACUGUAUCAGUAUUAGCAUGGACCAUGUAACAGGAAUAGUCAUGAGAAACAGAACCAGUGCUUGCUUUUUCAAUGAUUAUGUUGUGAACCGAGAAGUAGAACUAUUAUAAUCCUUACAGGGUUUCAGUAAACACUGAACGUUGGUAUCUGGAUCCAAGGCCAUAGUACCUAUAAUGAGAGUUUUUAAUUAGGACAAUAUUUAGUAUACCAGAAUGUGGAAAGGAAUUAGCUUGGGAAUUAGGCAAAGCUGAAUGCACAUGCCUCCACAAACAGCAUUUACCAAUAAUGCACAUUUUGAACUUCGUUCACUGCUUUAUUAUGAUACCUUGAAUGAUUUAACUGAGGCAUGCUAAUUUAAUAAUUCAAGAUGGCAUGCCAAUGUUUAACGAAAGAUCGCCUGUAUUAAAAAGGCUGUAAAAGUGUAUAUUCCUGGGCUUAUCCCUUCAAAUAGAUGUAUUUGCCACCCUGUUCAUUGACCAUCCAUACUUCUGUAAAAUCUUUUUGUCACUCAUCCAGCUCUACUUUGUUAUCCUUCAUGUUAAACCCCUGUGUCACCUUCAAUUGGGAAUGAAAGCAGAGCUGUCCAAUAAGAUAUGCAAUUGAGAGGUUGAGUCUACUGUCUGAGAUUUCUUUUCCUCCCUGCUAUUGAACCUCCUAGAGAAGGAUUUGUCUCUUAGUUUUCCCUAGACAACCCUUUAAGAGACCAGGAGCUCUGCAUGAAGAGAAGCUUUAAUAUAGUCUGGAGGUGUAGCACUCCAUAACAUAGCCCACCUUGGCACUAAUCUCCUCUGUACAAGGCAACUAUCAACUACGUUUAAUGGUAUGGUCAUGAGGAAAAGGUGACAUGUAUUUUGUGAUAAUUGGUAGUCUGAAAUAGUGUGGAUUUAUUUUGCAGUCUUGAAUUAAUUGCUUUUGGAGAAGUUUGGAUGUACUAAAAAACCCAUUGCAUUAAUCUGUAAGAAUUAAAACCGGGCAACCAGUUCUGAAACAAUUGUCAAGGUUUUUCAUAUUUCUGUUCCUACAGGGUAUUGUACAACCUUUUUAUUCUCCUGUAAUUGAGACACUGUUUUUAAACUUGCUGUAAUAGAUACAAGCUAAAUGGCCCUGUUAAUUUGGCAAUAUGGUCCCCUGUCAGUCAGGAAUAUUAAGCUGUGGUGUGCACAUGGUUUCAUUCAUUUGUUUCCUUUUUCACUUAUCAAAUGUUGACUCAAAAAGCUGCUGCUUUCCCCCUAUAAAAUGCUUUUGAGUUGUGCCUUUGUGUUGUUUUUCUAUUGUGGAGUAUAUUGCCAUAUUAUUUUAUCCAGAUCAUUGCUUAGAUCAUUGUCUUCUACUAGUUUUGCAUCUCUCAGCAUUGGUACUUCUAAGGAGUACCUAAGUUAAGGAGUACAUGUACUGAGCCAAAACUAAGCCAGGUCAAACUUGGGAUUGCUUUUUGGAGGGGAUAUUGAUUUAGUUCUGCAGAUUGUGGUGCAAGGUUUUCUUUUUUGUAAGAGCUGUAAGAUCUAUGAGUGUCUAACUAUCUUUUCUCCAUUUGUCUUUGGCUAUAACUGAGUUUUAUUCAGCAAAAAAAAUUAGAUUGGUUCACCUUUCAAUCUUUUUUUUAUCGACCGUGUUCAUAAAUAUUGAGACUAACACCUCCAGUAUCUGUCACAAUGUAUGUUUACUUGACCUUUUUAGCUGUUUUGUAACUAAGCCUGUAAACCAACAUACAGUGCUUUAGGUGCAGGCAGCAAUUUACAGCUCUAAAUUUACACAAACACCACGCACCAUGAAAAUUUUAAAACUUGUUGAGGUUACUCCAGAAAUGAUGUAACACAAUAGAGUUUCAAAAUUCUUACUUCUGCACAUGUGCAGACUUUUACAGGUAAUAUUUUUAUUUCCAUCCUUACAAGGUCACAUUUACUAUCCAUAAUCUUUUCUAAACAAAUAUUAAACAUUUAAACUAAUGGCAUGGGUACCCCAAUAAUUUGAAACCAAAUACCUCAUUAGAUAAAUAUGGAGUUUAGUUCCAGUUGCAAGAGAAACUUGCUUCUAACUUUCAUUUGUGAGCUUUUUGGCCCCUGCUUUUAUGAAAAUUAAAUGCCAAUCCUGUUGACCUGUGGCAAAUGAUUUGUAUUGCUCACUACAUAUGGUAGAUUUUGUAAACAAAUUUACUUAAAACUGAGGUAUACAGAAACUACAUUUGUCCCUUUUUUAAAAUAUCAAACUUCACCUGAUGUAUAAAUCUUUAAAUAUAUUUAUGUUUCUAAGAUGUUCUUAUAUGAGUCAUGUAAACCCAAUUUCAGAAUACCGUCAUCAUUGGAUAAAUACGAAUGUAUUUAUUUCUAAUGCACACUAUGCUAUAAUCUUUCCAUUCUACUUCCCUAAUUGAAAAUAGAACCAGAAGAUAAAGGACGUAUUUACAUGAUGUGUACUAGAGUUCCAUGAUUACACGAUGAAAGUGGUGAAAUGUUUAAUGUUCUUUUAUUUGUGAGCCAUUUAAGUUUACCCAGUAUUUAGUCAAAGUCUGAAUGCUGUUUAUGGUUUUGUAAGUAACCGGUUAUGUUUUCAAGUCUAUUUCACCUGUAAAAUUGGAAUGUAUUUGCAGAAUUGGUCAGCCCAAAUAAAGUCUUGACUAUCUGUG